AUGCUGCUGCUGCUAACGCGCCACUUUGCGGCGGCGCAGCGCGCGCAGGCGAGCAGCCCCGGGGGCGUGAGUGCCGCGGGCAUGAGUGAAGUGGGUCGGGUUGCGGACUGCGGCACGUGGGUCGUGUGUCUGCAAGAGCGGCACGCUUUGGACGCUUCAUCGCUGGCACGCUGCCAGCAGUGCCGCAAGGCCCGCACCCGGCUGAAAUUGCCGAUUGCCGGUGGCUCGCGCGAGCCCGGCGGCGGACGGUGCAAGCAAGGUGAGCAGCCGAAGCUACCGGCAUAUCACUUUUGCGCGGCCCUGUGCCUGUCUUGCGCCAUCGCGUCGGAAAGCAGCGCCAGCCUCAACUUGCCGCAUCCACCACAGCUCACCGCGAUGCAGCACGCUCUCGCACGCGAGGCCCGCUUGAAGCGGCGAUGCCCACAGUAUGGCAUGCUCGGAGCAACUAUGCCAAAUGCAUACGCGGCGUACCAGCCUGGGUCGGCCCCACCCGGUUACCCAAUGCCGCAUAAUGCCUCCGGCGCCGGGACACAGUCGGCACAGUGGGCGAUGGUGGCAACAGCGCCGUUACGACAGCUGCUCAGGCUCUACGCCAAGGAUCUCAGCUCUGGCGACAUCAGCGCGCCCACCCGGUCGCCCGAGGGCGUUCCCGCAAGCAGAGAAGACAAGAAAGAAAGAUAA